AUGCAAAGCCUAAAUAAAAUUAUUGAUAAUUUUUAUAUGGACCUCAAAAGACAAAGCCAUAUGAACUUGCUUAAUUCUGCAAUAGAUUCCACUGAGUGCGAGUCAAACCAAGCUCAAAGUCAAAAUCCUAUUAAUCAACUUCUAACUCUUCAAGAAUUAAAAAUUAAAAAAUCUGCGAUUUUAAAAAAGACAAAUAAUGACCCAGAAACAGAGCGGGAGUUCAGGAGAAUUGUCUCGAUGUAUUUGAAUCAAAAUUCUGGUUAUGAUCCAACACUAAGGCGAGCUUAUCAGGAAUAUCUCAAUGCUUACCAUCAACUUGUAUCUCUUUAUGUUAUUCAGGAUUAUUCACAUGUUUGCACUUAUUUUUAUGUUUACGACACCGAAUAUGAAGAUUUGAUUAGCUUAAAAGCGUGACUACAGACGUUAUUUCAGCUUAUAACCGCAUUACCACCCGUUUCAGACUCAAGUGAACCUAGUCAUCUGACCAAAAACCAGGCCCUUUUCUUGUCAACUUUACCAAAAAAUGGUGGCUUCUGAAAUCUCCUGAGGAGACUUACUUGACUAUGCUGGGGUCUAGCCCUACGAUAAAGGAUUUUCUUAGUCCUAGAAGCUCUAGGUUAAAGAAAUGCUCAAUAUCUCCUUCAUAAUUUCCUUGCCUUUUGCAGGCAUAUGGUUGCUUUUCAGGCUUAUGACGCCUUCGGUUUAUCAUCUGGAACAAAAAGCCUGCUUGGGGUUCUGGCUAGGCAAAACCUCAUCCUGGACUUCUUAAAUCAAUGAAACUCACUUAUCCGAGUCUAGGAUAAACUCACCAGACACUCCAGCCCUUCGCCACUCGCCAUCCUUUAAAAGUCCGAGUAUGAAGAAGAAAAAGAAAAAGUCUUAACGAUUUAUGAUAAAUUAAACUGUUGAGCCUGCAUUGCUAAACUUCCAAAUGGUGAGCUAUUCUGUUUUGGACAAGAUAACCCAUUUUGUGGGCUUGCUGUGAUAGUUAAUAGUGAUUUUAUAGCUCGAGAUCUGCCGCCUGGCACACCCUGCUUUAAUUCAUCAGCAAUAUAUUCCAACGGAAGUGUUUAUUGCUUUGGAGGACAAGACGAUAACUUUCAGUUUAUGACUCUUUCAGAGCGAUUUGAUUUAGAAAAAAACAUAUGAUUAAAACUAGCCCAACUACCAGAAGCUUGUGUAAAUUGCACUAGUGUAGCAUUUAACGGAAAUAUUUUGAUUUCUGGUGCUAUCAAUGUAAAUAUUUUUGUUUAUUCAAUUGAGAUUGACUCUUUUUCAAUAAUCCCUUAUGACUUUUCGAACAAUAAAAAAAAGAUAUUGAUAAAUGCAGGAGAGAGAUUGUUUUUGAUUGAAUGCGAAAAAGGGGCAAUGUAUGAAAGCGAAGUUUGAGACCAUUAUAUUUGGAAGAGGAUUGGGGAUUCAAUGAUUAGCCUUAAUCCGUAUCAAGUUUCUUGCUCCUAUAAUAAAGGAGGAAUCUAUAUAUCAACACAGUAUUAUGAUAUGUGGGAUUAUUAUAUGUUUGAUUUAGAUCGAAAAUCUUUAAUCAAACUACAUAAUUUGAGUUGGGUUGAUGAUUAUGGCACAACAAAUAGCUUUAAUACUUAA